AUGUACAGUGAGUGGUACUCUCAUCUGCUACCUUACUACUCGUUUGAUCAGUUUGUUCAUAAAGUCCAACAAGUCGCUUCUACUAAGCGUGUCAAGUGUGUAAUUAGUCAUGGUGCUCUCCUUGGCAUUUUGAGCCUUCUGCUUCACAACCAUAAGAAGAGCAUUAAGAAGGAAGCUUGCUGGACAAUCUCAAACAUCACUGCUGGAAACAGGACUAGAUUCAGGCUGUGUGUGAAGCGGGGUUGA